AUGGCAGACUCGGCUGCACCAAUUUCCUAUACCUCAAAUCCCUUCUUACUGUUCGUCAAAGACCUUGGGCUAUUCGUAGCCAACAUCUUCACAAGCGGAGGCAUACUGAGCAUUGUCCGUCCCUUGGCUCCAACACCCUCUGGGAGUCUGGAUGAACUGUAUCCAUCACGGCAAAAUAUCUGGGCAAUCCUGCUGCACGCAUUCCUAGUAGUGGUCCAGCUUGUUUUUCUUGUCUCUCUGGCACCAUUCGCGAUCGGUAUUCCGCUUCCAAUAUUGUACUUUCUUUAUGUCGUGGGCUUCGUCGUUGGAAAUCAAUAUUUCACCAUACUGUUGAAUGGUAGAAGGAAGAAAGGUCUGUUCAAGUCCAAUGACAGAUAUACCGAAGGCAGAAAAUUGGACGAGCAUGAGAGAUGGAUCUUCAUCAACGGAGUUGCAGUGGGUAACCAUUGGCUGCAAACAAAUCUCGAUAAGCUGGCCUUGACCUUCAGGCGACCUAUUUAUGGUAUUCACAACCAGACUCGUGGUAUCAUCUUUGAUGUCAUCGAGUCCAUCAUUCAACGUGACUUUGGCUAUGCAACGCUAGAUAUUCGCCAAGCGUAUUCCGCCAUGAUCGAAAUCCUGAGCGAUAAGGAUAUUCACAAAGUGGUCGCCAUCCUGCAUAGCCAAGGAGCCAUCGAGGGUGGUCUCGUGCUGGAUUGGUUGUACGCUACUGUUUCGCCUGAUCAGUUGGCUAAGCUCGAAAUCUACACGUUUGGGAAUGCGGCGAACCACUGGAAUGCACCUUCUUCGAAAGUCACCACCAACGGAGCUGAAUCCAUUGGUGAUACAGACGAAUCCAUGGGCUCAUCAUCACGAAGAGAAGUCGAACAGCAACGGACCCCGGGAUCGGUGAGAGAAAACGCCACUAGGACAGUAAGACAUAUUGAGCACUACGCAAACCUCCAUGACUAUGUCGCUAGGGGCGGGAUCCUCCAUUUUCGCCCGGACCCUGCUCAACCACCUGGAGCAUCAGUGGAAAACCAAGUCGACCCAAACCGUUUUGUCGGACGAUUGUUCAAGCGCAAUGCCAGUGGACAUUUGAUGAAUCAGCAUUAUUUGAACAAUUUCUUUCCUGUUGACACAACUGAUCCAGCUACCGGCAAGGUUGUCGAGAACAAUGACUACAUGGACUCAUUGGUCGAUAUGAAUGUUUUUGAGCGAUGGGACACUGUCCAGGUCCCCGCUUCUGAGCAAGAAAGUACAAAUGGUACGAAAAUCAAAACCUUCAGUCGGUUAUGGAAGUAUCGAAAUGGAGGAAGGCCAGAUGAUUCUAAUGCCGAUCAGGAGUGA